CAGCCAACAUAUCAGCUCGAAAAUGAGUUAUCGGUGUUUGGCAUUGCCUAUGCAGUCGCAUUGAUUGUUCCAAGUGAGCCCUCUACCAUACGCUGCCUGUUCCCUCAUGUUCGUAUUUGGGACCAAGUCCUCUUCCAUCUUUGGCAUUGCUUUAUGUCUCUUUCUAGGAGUGAGUGUGUGAGUGAAUGAGAGCGAGUGGGGUCCCAGAAUAUAGUAGUGUCUUAAAGGAAGGAGGAAAGGUUCGAGGAGCUCCAAGUCCCGUGUUCCCAGGACGAAGUGGAUUACUAGUAACCACAGGGAUGAAGAGGGACCAACAUUCUUGAGAGGCUCCUUCAGCUGGGAACAACGACCUGCUGGUGAGUGGUUUGACUGGCAAAUCGAAGACGGAUUAAGGAUCAUGAGAGAAGAAUCCUCAUCCAUUCUAGUGAUCUAGAACUAGUGUCAUCGUUCAAUCAAAGUCAACUUAAGAAGAUUUUGCCAGACCGAAACCCGUGAAAGCCAAACCUUGUUUCCAAUCUAAAACCUCGCCAGGUGUGACGAAAAGAAGCAACACAAGAAGGACUUGCCGUAGUCGGAGAAACUCAUUCUCGCUUGGCAAAUAGAGGGAAUUGUUUGGGAUUUGAGUGUUCCCUAGACUAGAAUGGGCAAAAGGCGUCAAAAGGUUCGGUGGACUGCAGUCGGAGAAACCUUUUACACGUCCGGUGACGAGACAUCCGAACCUCAGAGUGGAAAUGAUCUUGAGCACGUGAAGCCAGAGAAUCAUAAGCCCGCUCAUUAUUAUGGCCCUCGAGAAAACCACGGGCCAGGGGGCUACGGUGGUCAUCAUAGGAGCCAUCAUCGCCAUUACAGUGGGGGACCACCCCCUUCAAGGAGGUAUGGAUCCCAUUGGAACUCUGCCCCCAUAGCACCGAGAUUCGAAAGGAAGGCUGCUGCGGCCCAAGCGGCUGCUGAGUACGCCAACGGUUUUGAUCACAAUGGCGAAGGCUGUGAGUUCGAGCAAUUGCCGGAUGGCUUCACAAAGAUUCGCUCGAAGAACUUAGAUGUGCUCUUCAAAAGAGACUAUUAUGCCCACAAGAUCGAGAUGUCCCAAUCCAAUGGGUCCAGUAUCAAGGAGGAUGGUAGCGACCCAGAGGAAGGAGAUGACGAAGAGGCACAAACUGGUGAAGGUAGUGGACGUGAAGAAUCAAUCACCGAUGGAACUCAUCACGACAGCACUUCAACGCCGAAUGAGAAAACUCAAGCAGCAGAUGGGGAGACCGCUAAACAAGUGGUCAGUCUCCCGUACUCUCCUAAUGCGGCUCCGUUCAUCCCUCAAAGUCAGGCAUCCCGUCCAAACUUGUUCUUAUACUCGCCCUCUUCAAACACAAUGAUUCCGUGUGAGGAAAUCAUCAUCCCCAACCCUGUCAUGGGCCCCGAGGGUCCCAUGUACCAGGGUCCUUCAAAUAUAUACUUGGCCUUUCCCAUGGACAAUGGAGGCCCGGUCAACGGGUAUAUUGGACCUCAGCAAUACAUGGCACCACCUGCUCUCCAGCACCAGACCUCCAUGCCAUAUGACCAUUAUGGAGUGCCUUAUCAACCAUAUCAUACCAACGAAAGAGGUGGUGGCCACCACAGCCAUGACAAUUCCACCUAUCAGUCCUCGUCGGAAAAUGGUGCCGAGUCCCAUUCCAAUGAUUCCACAUGCCCACACAGUCCUCCCGAUUUGUCAAUGUACUCUCCUGUCACCUGGACUGAUGGCAAUGGCGCUUUGAACUUUGUUCAAGGUUCCGCCAUGGUUCCUCAAUCUCAACAGAUCUGGUAUCAAAACAACGAAUGUAAUGUUCCCUACUCGGGCAAAACUGUGCCUAUUCCACAGGUCAACAGUGUGGGAGUUCCUUCAUCAGAGAAGUUCAAUGGUAUUGCCCAAGAGAGUAAGUCAGUUCCGAUGUUGAAAGAGGAAGAAAAUCCCAAAUCCGUCAUUCCUGGACUUCAUCCAGAUCGGCUCAAUGGCAAGAGGGUUCAAAAGAAGAAGCGUAGGAAGAAGUCUUUGGCUACCAUGGUCAUCCCUGAGGUUCAUCGUGGUUCCUCCUCAUCGGAAGACUUCUUCCACGCGCAGAAAGGAGCUCAGAUAGACCAGGGAAGCAUUCAGAAUGGAACCGUGGUUGGAAGUCUAAUGUCGUCGAGCCAACUCUCUGAAGAAGACGAGGUGACCGAGAAAGUGACCGAUUCUGUCCAAUCGGAUUCCCCAACACCAGUUAUUACCGUCUCUCCACCCAACACCGCUCAAGAUCUUGAGGCAGGCGAGAGUGCUCUCAACGACCAGGCUUUGCUGAACCAAGCUGCUCAGGAAUUGGAGAAGGUCGGCGGUAAAGCGCCAGCCAUCAUGACGGAAAAUGCUGUGAACGGUUUGGAAAGUCAUUGCGAAACUGAGAAUGCCAUCAAAUCUGAGAAACCAACUCCAUCAUGUGAUUUUGAACAGUUAGUCUGCGAACCCGCUCCUAUUGGUGACCCUUCAAACGAUGUGAUCAAAGGUGAGACGAAUGAUGCCCCUUCCAAUGUUCCUCAAGAUAUUGUCAAAGACGGAGAUAAAGAAGAGCCGGAAAAUGUUAUUGCUGGCAGUGGCUUGGUCGAGUCGGCAAAAAAUUAUGCUAGUGUUCCUGAAAAGGAAGAGUCUGUGAAGUGUAAAGAUGUUCCACAGGAAUCACCUCAAGUCGAAUCUGAUGUACAAUGCAGCGAUGCCUCUCCCUCCCUAUGCUCUCCUAGAGUCGCACACAUCACCCUCAAAGAGGACAACUUGCUUUCCUCUCCUAUAUCGUGUCCAGUGUUGUCACACAAGGAGAAAGUACCUGAACAAGCCAUCAGUAAGCAAGUUGCUCCUGGCGAGAAGUCCAAUAUGUCCAAGCAGAGCCCCCAGCCGACACAACAACCGUCACCCCCAAAGAAGUCAAAUAGCCCUCGCCUCAAUCCCAAGGUCUCAAAGUCUGUUUCCAAUCCUACCAACGCUACUACUACGACUACCACCAGCACCACUACCAAGAAAACCACCACUGCUUCGGAGAUCGCUACCACUCCUGCAACUUCGCUUGGUUCAGAGCUUUCACCAAAGCCAGACCAUGAAGCAAAUAAAGACCCUUGUGCAUCUCCCGAUUCCUCGCUUGCUAACAACUCUUCCAACGUUCUUUCCAGUGAGGCGAGUGCCAUGAAAAAGCUCUACAGUGUGGUUUGUAAGGAAGAAAAGCCUGAAGAGAAGAAGCCUUUGACCUCCAAAGACAAAGGAGAAGACCAAGAGAAUGUUCCACCUCCUAAAGAGUCGUCUGAGCCGGUAAAAUCUGGUCGAGGUAAUAAGUCUGGUCGCCACAAUCGGAGGUCUAAGAACCAAAUGAAUAAUUCUCAACAGUCAGCUCAAAACGACAAACGCAAGGAGCACUCGGUUGCUUCGGAAUUAGUCGAGAACGAAGCCAAGGCAACAGAUACUCCGGACAAUGGUGGAGAAUGGGAGACAAAGAAACGCAAGAAUCGAAAGGCCAACAAGGCAAACUCCAGACAUGCCCAACAAGACCUGGUCUCUGAGCGAUCAGGCAAGGCUAUUUUCGAUCCCCAACCAAUGCCGUUGGAAUCUGUUGUACAAUCUGAGGCUGUGGAAAAGAAAACUUCCGUAGCAGUCUCGAGAUCCGAACCUGUUGUCUCCGACAAACCAACCAACGGAGCCAAACCUAUCAUGGAGGAUCGGGAAAAGUCAGAAGACACUGUCUCUAUAGAUUCCAAGCGAAACUCAAUGAAGCGGAAGAAGAAGCGUUCCAACGGGCAAGCUCCCCCUGAGAAGCCUUCUAUUCGUCCCGUUUUGGUCCGCGAUGGCGUCCUGGACGUUAGAAGUGGCAUGGCAACUCCUAAAGACCUGGAAAUGUUUGCCAAUCGGACCCUUGUUCCCAUCAACUCGCUUAUUGUGAGCAGUAUCGGUCAUGGAAUCCAAAAUGGACCAAUGGACUUGGGUCGAAUUGGCUUUGGGAAAUACAGUCCGCCAGACAGAACCGAAGAGAUCCCUUUGAGUUUACGCCAGGAGCCUCUCGAAGAGGAGGAAAUGGAGGAGGCUGAACCAACCCUUGGGGAUUCUUCUCCGUCCGAUGCAUCCAAGUCUGAGGAACAAAUAACGACUGAAUGUGCACCCACGAAAUCUUCCGAUAUUGAUCUUGACUAGGCUUCCGACCUCUCACUCGAACGAAUACUGAUUUACUCACAUGGCUCAACUUACCCAAGAAACUCGUUUCACACUCUUCCCUUCCUCGCCUCCCGUGUGUACUUGUACUUGAUGAAUCUCCACUUGACUUGGCCAAAUGAUGAUGAGCGAGCAAAUUCCAGUUUUGGUGCCACUCAAGAAAGUUUCAAAGUGAAACCCGUGUUCUGCAACCUACUGCAUGCAAUUCUAAAGGUCCUCUCAAGAGAAAUCACUUCCAAAACCAUUUUAGCCUCAAAUUUUGGGCUUUGUGUUCGCAAGUAAAGAAGGCAACGGACAAACUCAUCGUACUGUAUAUUCUAGAGCAAAAAAAAAAUCAGAAAGAUAAAAAAAUCCCUCGUAAAAUUUGAAGUUGAAAGACAAUCCUCCCGUGCCAAUUCACUCCCAUGCCCCUUUUCAAAUAUGAUCCAUGUCCCAUUCAAUAACACUCUGUACUGAUGAUCACUUCCCAAGCAAUUGUUCAACCAUUCAUAUCCCAAAUCCCCGUCACUCAAUAUGAAACAGUAACUAGAUCCUACAUAAUUGUUCUUGCAUUGUGAAACAAUUCACCGAGGUUCUUGAACGGUGUCAAAAAUCCUCAACCCGGAUGCUAAUUCUCAAGUUUUUUGCUUUGUGGUCCCCUAGAGCAAUGCUAAUUGUAACCGAGUGGUCGAUUUAUAAAAUAAUGUCAGAAGUGCAAUGGUCUUUUAAGAAGAAAUGAAUUAUUUUGACCAAAGUCUUAAAUGAAGACAUGAAAAAACAGCUGUGGAACACAAGGAGGACGAAAGGGUCCAACAGCCUUGAAGAAAAAUACGUUUUACCAAUCCGGCCAAAAUGCCUUGUUUCUUGUCGCUCACCUUGGAAUUGAACCCAAUCUUAAGUGUUGUUAUAUGUGAAUGAUGUUCAGAUCUAUUCAAAUGGAUCAUCAUCAUCUUUAUUAUUAUUAUUAUUAUGAUUAUCUUGUACAGACAAAUUCCUGGAUGUUAUCAUCAAGCCAGAAUUUGUCACUGCGGUUUUUCAUAUUUCUUUUUUUUUUUGUUUCAUCUCCUUUGUCUUAAAGCAUUGCAAAUAAGCACCAUUUUGUCUUGAAAUAAACUAUUUUGAAAUUACAGAGUC